AAAAACACUUUAAGUUUGUAACUUACAAACUUCACGUGUGUUGAAAAUUCAUCUAAUUUGGUGAAAAGAACCUUAAUAUGAACAUUUUUUUUUUUGACAACUUUGUUAAUAUGAACAUUUUGUUAUCUAAUCUAUUUCUUUUAUAAGAAGGUAGAGGUUAAUAUUGUUCUAGGUUGGCCCAUCAGUUAAAUUACACAAUAUGUUAUUAUUGAAAUACAGUGAACUUUUAAUAAUUAGAUGAAACAAAUCUGUCGUCAAAAAUAAAAAGUAGAUGAAACAAAUCCAUUAGGCAGGAUAAGAUCUACAUAUAUUUUCUAAUAUUUCCUAUUUUAAAAGUUUUUCAUUUAGUAUUUUAUUAUUUUCUAUCAUAUUUUUGUUUUAUUUAAUCAUGGCUUAAACUAUUAGAUUUUGUAGUUUUUUUGGUUUAUGGUUGUCAAAUCCUAUAAAUACAAGAACUUAGUAUGUCACAUUUCACACAUCACAUUAUAAACAAAAGAAGUUCGAGCAUAUAAUAAAACAUGUCUGCAAAACAGAUUUUCGAGAAGUUCGACAAGAACAAAAACGGUAAACUCUCGCUAGACGAGUUCCGUGAAGCGGUUCUUGCUUUCUCUCUAAACAUUUCUGAGAAAGAAGUCACACAAAUGUUCAAGGACAUUGAUGUGGAUGGUGAUGGCGAGCUCAGCUCCGACGAGUUUGCUUCAUCUGUUGAUAAAAUGUUGAAAGAAGCUUUUGCUUUAUGCGAUGCUGACGGUGACGGAAAGAUUACUUCCAGUGAGUUCCAUGCAGCCAUGAUUGGGCUUGGGAAGGAAUGCACUGAAGAGAAAUGUGCCGAGAUGGUUAAAACCGUUGAUGCAGAUGGCAAUGGUUAUCUGAGCUUCGAAGAGUUUAUGGUUAUGAUAAUCGGCGAAUUUUAAGAUAUAAGUUAUCUGCUUGCUUAGUAGUAAUUGUGUUUAGUUAUAUAAUAAUUAGUAAAGCUUAUUGAUGUUUAUUAUCAUCGGUUUAGAGGUUUCUCGACCGUACUUUUAUCUUUAUAAACAAAUUCAAGUGCAUGUUGUUGUAUACUGCACUUAGUUAGGUGA